GGAAGUCCAAGCACGAUGAGGCGAGGCAGGAAAGCCUCGAUUCCCGUCAGCUCAGUGCCCGCCUUGCGGCGCAGAGCGGCCUUAGCCAAAGAACCGGAAGUGUCUGUUUUUAACUCUUUUUCGCUCGGUUCUUCCGCCUCGGCCGCCAAUUUGCAGGGCGACCCUCUUCAGCUGCCUGAGAGUUGGAGCCGUCCCGGCGGGGCUCAGGAACCCCUGUCGAGCUCGGACUGGGACUGCGCGUUGCAGGCCGACCCCCAAGAGCUGCCACCUCCGCCACCAGCGCCAGCGCACCUCUCCCCCGACGGCGGCCACGGAGCUCAAGGCUCGGUCCUUCAGCCGGACAUCAUGCUCAACAUAUUCCGAUCUAUUCCUACACAAAUGGACUAUAAAGGACAAAAACUAGCUGAGCAGAUUUUUCAGGGAAUAAUUCUUUUCUCUGCUGUAAUUGGCUUUAUUUAUGGGUACAUUACCGAACAGUUUGGCUGGACAGUUUACAUAGUAAUGGCUGGAUUUGCUUUAUCGUGCAUGCUCACACUCCCUCCAUGGCCCAUAUAUCGUCGCAAUCCUCUGAAGUGGCUACCUGUCCAGGAAUCGGCAACAGAUGAUAAGAAGCCGACAGACAAAAAAGUAAAAAGGCACCCUAAAAAUUGAGAAACUAUGUAUCUUGUUUCAUUUCCUGUCAUUAAAUUUGCUUUAAAAUCUA